UGGAAACAUCAACAGGGCGAUGACGUCAUGGUAGUGGGCGAGGUCGCGGACUAAAGAAAGGCGCGGCCACACCCGGGGGAGCUGGCUGACCAAUCAGCGAAGGGCGGAGACAGGCUGCGGACGGUGUUUGGUCCGUUACACUUCCGAGAUUGGAGUUCACACGUCGGAGGACCGAGGGGGGGAGACAUCGGUGAGAGAGAGCUGAGCGCGGACACACCAUGGCAUACCCCGGAUAUGGAGGAUAUGGGAACAUGAAUCCCUCGAUGCCAAUGAUGGGUCAGACCAUGGCACCCAAUGUACAUGGAGGCUUCUAUGGACAAGCUCUGUAUGCUGCACAAGAUCCGAUGUGGAGCUAUUUCACAGCAGUGGCUGGACAGGAUGGUGAAGUAGAUGCUGAAGAACUACAGAGAUGUUUGACACAGGCUGGAAUCCAUGGGACCUAUACACCUUUCAGCCUGGAAACCUGCCGUAUUAUGAUUGCUUUGUUGGAUAGGGACUUUUCUGGCAAAAUGGGCUUCAAUGAAUUCAAAGAACUGUGGGCAGCUUUAAGUGCCUGGAAACAGAACUUCUGCACAUUUGAUCAAGACCGGAGUGGAUCAGUGGAGCCCCAUGAGCUAAACCAGUCCAUUCUGGCAAUGGGUUACAGAUUAAACCCAUCUACAGUUAACACCAUAGUGAAACGCUAUAGUAAGAGCGGCAGAAUAUUCUUUGAUGAUUAUGUUGCAUGCUGUGUGAAGCUUCGUGCCUUAACAGAUGUCUUUCGGCGAAGAGACAGCAUGCAUCAGGGAGUGGUCAACUUCAUGUAUGAUGAUUUUUUGCAGAGUACCAUGGCCAUAUAAGAAACCAGAACACAGUCCUGUUAUGAAGAAUCUGGCAUUAUAACCCAUCCUGUGAACUGUUUUGAAGAAGGAACCAGGUGUGACCACACUGUGAAUCUACCUUAUUGUACAACCUAAUAUUUCAAUUUUAAGUCAGUUCUUAUACGCAGUACACUGACUCAACACAUUGUUAGUUAAUUUGUAUUAUAGGACACAGAGAUUGCUGUAAAAUAUAUGUUCAAGCUUUCUUUUUUCGUAUAAAAAUAUAUCUAUUAAAAGCCACCUUUUGUCCCAGUUUCUUGCUUGUGUU